AUGGAGGUGAUCGUCUUUGAUCUGAAACUCCUUCCUGAUCUGAACUUCAGAUCUGCCGCCUUGAUCUCUGGUUUAGGGGUUCAAGUUCCUCCUUUGAUCAUCGGGGUCUCCUCCACACCGACGAUAAGAUAUUUUAACAAAUGCCUAGAAGCAGUUGGUGCUAUACAGGGGCGGUUCUUGAAGCAAGCACCAAUGGAAUUAGCUCCAGAGAUUACAAGCAAUCCUUUGUACUAUCCUUAUUUCAAGGAUUGUAUUGGCAUGAUAGACGGGACCCACAUUGACGCUAUGCUUCCUGCUAGCCUUGUGGCCCGCUUUAGAGGCCGUAAAAGUGUGACUCAAAAUGUUCUAGCCGCCUGCACCCCAAAUAAGUUAUUUUCAUAUGUUCUCGCCGGUUGGGAGGGGUCUGCAAAUGAUUAUAGAGUACUACAAGAUGCACUUUCAAGACCUCAACCUCAUGGCCUGAGAGUCUACGAUGGCAAAUAUUAUUUGUGCGAUGCGGGGUACACCACCAUGCCUGGCUUCAUCUCCCCUUAUCGUGGUGUACGUUACCAUUUAAAUGAGUACAGGGGUAGGCCAAUAAAUAACAGAAGAGAGUUAUUCAAUCUAAGACACUCCUCGCUACGGUCUAAAAUUGAAUCAACCUUUGGAUUGUUGAAGAACCGUUUCAAAAUCCUCACUUCAAAGCCACAUUAUCCUUUUCCAACCCAAGUUGACAUAGUAUUGGCUUGUGCUAUACUUCAUAACUACAUUGCUAUAGUCGACCUGGGCGAUGACUUAUUAAAUGAGGACAUUACCAUUGAUGAUGACGAUGUAGAAAUAGCUACUGAGGGGGAAGAUGCCAAUCUUGUUGACUUUUCUCAAAAUGUCACACAAAGAGAAGAAAGAGAUUCAAGGAAUGAAUGGAAAGAGAAGAGGGAUGACAUAGCAAGUGCUAUGUGGAUAGACUAUUGUAAUAAAUAUCGUGGCGGGGACACAACCGAAUUUGGUUUGUAA